CGGCGCGCCGUGGGAUACAACACGGUCAUACGCGGUGCACAGUGGCGCACGGUGCACGCCGCACACCGCGUCGGGCCUACGUUCACGUUGGUCGUACGGCGUCGCGUUCGGUAUUUUUCCGAUCCUUCGCUCCGCGACCCGCGACCAGCGGAUCAGCCAGCUCGCGAUCUCCCACGACCGACGACGACGACGGCCGCAUCGUCCGGCGUCCGGAAUCGCCGGGCGAUUCCGUCAUUGCGUGUUGUUGCACUUGCGCGCUCGCGCCCACAGGUCCCCGUCAUGUCGCCCGCGAGAUAAUGCCGUGGUCACUUCUCGUCGGUCGUGCUCGAACGCCGGACGAGGACGAGGACGAGAGCGAGAGCGACGAGGUUAGGCGCGCGCGAUUUAUAUCAAUCUCCGAUCGACGUGUCGGACGCGAACGCAAAUGGCGGCCGCUGUCGAAGAGGACGUGUCCGCGCUCGGCGAGCGGGUCGACGAGCUGAGCGUCUCCGCGGCGGAGGACGAGACGGCGACGACGACGACAACGACGACAACGGCGACGGCAAGGAGGGCCGAUGGCAACGACGCGGAUGUCACAGCGAGAUGCGAACCGCGGCUCUGGGGCUUCGAGACGCGAGAGCUUUACAAGCUCGCGCACAACUUUUACAAAGAGAAAGAGGGCAAAGCUGUCCAUCUGUCUUACGAGGAUAAACUGAAACUAGUGGCGUUCACGCAACAAGUAACGCAUGGAAAGUGCACAGCCGAGAAUGCAUCGCCGUUAGGCGUCCUGGACAUGAUCGGAAGGGACAGGCGUUUGGCAUGGCAAAAUUUGGGCGAUAUAUCGAAGGAGCAGGCGAUGGAAGGGUUCAUAGUAUUACUGGACAAACUUUGUCCUUUAUUCAGAACUGUAGUCGAGGCACAAAAACGGGAUUUCGAAGAGAAGCAACGUCUCAAGCGAGAGGAAGAGGCGAAAAGGCUGGAGGAAGAAAAGAAAUUGAAGGAACUAGAGGAGGAGAGGAAGAAGCAAGAAGAGGAGCGACUGAAGGAGGAAACUCAGAGGAGGCAGAUUCAAGAUGCUUUGAAUCAGCAAACGUAUUAUCAGUUUAAAGUAUACGCCGAGCAGCAGUACCCUGGCAAUCCAGAGCAGCAGGGCGUCUUGAUCAGGCAAUUGCAGGAGCAACAUUAUCAUCAGUACAUGCAGCAACUUCACCAAAACCAGCUGGUUAUCGAAGACCAGACCGAGAAGGAAGAGGAGGAGGAGGAAAAGGAAAAGAAGACGAAGAAGAAGAGCAUCCAAUCGGAGAGUGCAACGUGCAAAAACGACGACGACAACGACGACGACGACGACAAUGACGAAGGCAACAAUAAAGAUAACACGAAUGAAAAUGUGGAUGAUGAUGAUUCGGAGUUUGAGGACUGGCCGCCCAUCACUCCCGCAGAGAUGUGGACGAGGAAAGGCGUGGAGGAAUUUAAGCAGACCAUCAGAAGGGAAACGGGCGACGCGGUCAUCAAGGUCGGCCACGGCGAGACUGUCACGGUGCGAGUACCGACGCACGAGGAUGGUACGUGCCUGUUCUGGGAAUUUGCGACGGACGGUUACGACAUUGGCUUUGGGGUUUACUUCGAAUGGUCCAAACCGGAGACGAAUCAGGUAUCCGUGUACAUAAGCGAAUCCGAAGAGGACGACGACGAGGAAGAAUACGAACAGCGGGAGGACCUGGAGAGUGGAGCGGUGAACGGUAACGCUCGACCUGAACGUAGAACGGCCACUCCGCCUAUAAGUGUCAUAGUACCUGUAUAUAGGAGAGACUCUCAGGAGGAGAUUUAUGCUGGAAGUCAUCAAUACCCGGGCGAGGGAGUAUAUCUUCUAAAGUUCGACAACUCGUAUUCGCUUUGGCGGAGUAAAACGCUUUACUACCGAGUGUACUACACGCGGCAGGGUUUCACGAAGAAUAAUAAUUAGUCUUUACGUUACAUAUCGCGACGAUAUGUAUGAGUGUAUGUUGUUUGUUGAGCACUAGCCUGGAUAUAACCGUCUACUGAUAACGCUAGUCCAACUGAAUAAAGAGUCCUAUCUGUCCUAUCUGUUUGGUUCGCGCAAAAGCGACGAAACUGUUCACAUACAAAGAAAAUAUAUUUAUUAUAUAGUUAAGUAUGUAAGAAGACGGUACGUUCUAAAGUGGCAAAAGUGUGUGCGCGGGGAGAAAACGGAUUCUAAACUGUCCUCGAAAGGCGAGAACCCCCGUGAGGCGUGUGCGUCGUAUGUAAAUUGACGGAUCGGCUCUUUUAUGUGCAUAAUAUUGCACACCUGCGGCGGCUCUCGCAUUACACCAUCCCUCGACGCAGGCGGCAUCGUCCCUUCGCGAUUUCCGACGAAAUUUUCGAAACGUUCUUAUACGGCGCGCAAAUCUUUAUAUACAUAAACGAUGAUCUCCGUUUUAAAGCGAAGGAUUAAGUGUAUACACGCACGUUGUAUAUCUGUAUUAUCUAUGUGAAUACUGGCUUGUGGAAUGUUUUUUGCAACUCGAUGUUAUACAGACUUUUAUCACCUGGCUGAAUUCUUGUCAUAGCUUUUAUUAAAAUCAUCUUAUUUUUCUUUAAAUACAGCAGCAGAGUACAGUGCGCA